CUCCGUUUUAUGCAGCGAUAUCUCGGUGUGAAGGACGGAGCAGCACUCGUCUGCCAGGUUGCCGAUCUCAACCAGAGCCGCUUUCGUUAAUUUUUCUAGAACAGCGGCCAACUGAGUCCGGAAACUGCGAUAUACUGUACUUGGGCUUCAUCUUGGACUUCAACUACCAUAAUGCAUCGGAAGAAGCUGUUCUAGGUUGGCUUCGGUUGGCUGUUGGGAAACCAGCAGUAGGAAGUAAUGCUUCGAAUUAAAUUUGCCGACUGAAAAUCUUCAUGAAACUUUGGACUUGAAUUUCACUCUUUAGACAGUCAUGGCUGCCAGGAGAAUAGUGGUCUUCCCAUCUUCCACAGAGCUUGGGCCAGCACUGGCACAUUUGGUGACCUCUCGGGCCCAAAAAGCCAUUGCAUCUCGUGGGAGGUUUAGUCUGGGACUCUCUGGAGGAAGUCUGGUCUCCAUGCUCAGCAAAGAGCUGCUAGCACUUCAAGAACUGGAUUAUAGCAAGUGGUUGGUUGGUUUUUGUGAUGAACGACUGGUCCCCUUUGAUGAUUGUGAGAGCACAUAUGGACUCUACAAGAGUAAACUGUUUUCCAAGAUUGACAUUCCUGAAAGUGGGAUUUUAACCAUCAAUUCAUCACUGCCUGUCAGUCAGUGUGCAGAGGAUUAUGCCAACAGAUUGAAAAAGGCCUUUCCAGAUGAUGCCCUCCCUGUGUUUGACUUGCUGCUGUUGGGCAUGGGACCUGAUGGACACACCUGUUCUCUUUUCCCAGACCACCCUCUAUUGGAGGAAACAGAGAAGAUUGUGGCCCCCAUCACCGACUCUCCCAAACCACCACCACAGCGAGUAACUCUGACUUUACCAGUUGUGAAUUCUGCACGCUGUGUGGCUUUUGUAUCCACAGGAGGAAGCAAAGCACCCAUUUUGAAGGAAGUGCUGGAGGGUAGAGAAGGUCCAGCGUUUCCAGCAGCUCGGGUCGUUCCAACCAAUGGUGAACUGUUCUGGCUUGUUGAUGACCCUGCAGCUGCCUCUCUUACUAUACAGGUAGAGAGGCCAGGUGCAGGGGCCAAACUGUAGAGCUUUUUCCAAAACGGAUACCAAAACGGAGACAUUGAAAGCAGGAUAAAGAAAAACAUUUCUACCUUGAAAGUUCGCACAACAGUGGCUGUGUGUCUGACUUCAGUUUAAUUCAAAGUAGUUUCUCCACACAGUUUUUUAUUUGCUCAUUUAAGGUUUGUCUUUAUCAAAAUGGCAAGUUGCACACUUUUCUGUCAAAUAUAUCACGAGUAUCUGCAUCAUUUAAAAUUAUGAUGCAGCUAUUUGCAUUAGAAAUGCAUCAGAUACUACUUAAAGUACAGAUUUGCAACGUAUUGCAAAUAUGUACAAUGUGUGUUCAAGUGGUGCAGAUUAUGUAAAAUAUAUGAAGGAUGAUAUUGUUCCACCCAAAUUAUUUAAGAUCAUUGUUUGGAAAAUGAUUCAUCUUUGUAAUAAGUCACUGUAUUAUUACAUUAUGCAGCUAAUUUGCCUAUUAUAACAAGCUCAAUACAUGCAAACUACACCAUAUGAACUUCACAUGCAUAUUAUAAUUUCAGAAAUAACAAUCUCUUUGUGCUUUAAUUCCCCACACUGACUCAUAAAACUGAUUUUGAAGGCAUCUUGCAAAGGUUACAGCGCAUAUGGAGAUAGAAGAUAAGGCUGAAGACGUACAUUUUUUGGUUCUUUUUUAUCAUCCUAGCAAGGUCUCUAAAUCGUUUUGAAUGCCAGAAUACAUGGUAAAUGUCAGUUGUCUCCUCUUAGCAGCACCAUCAAAGUUAGCAUUGACCAUGUCAAGCUAUCGCCUCAAUUUGUCUGAAUUUCAUUACUCACAAAAGAACGGCUGCAUUUGUAAGAAUAAAAAUAAAAAGCUCAUAAAACAUGGUA